AUAUAACCGGCUCCAUUCUUCAACAGCUUAACAACCUUGUUAACCCUUGUUUUGUUCUCUCCGAGGAGCCCAAGCAGAGAUGAAGAAAGGGGAAAUCCAGGGAGAGAAGAUGAAGAACUGUGAGCUGUGCGAAGGCGCCGCCAGAAUAUACUGUGAGUCCGACCAGGCGAUCUGUGUUGGGACUGUGACCGAAAAGUGCAUGGCGCGAACUUUCUGGUGGCAAAGCACACGAGGAGUCUUCUCUGCCACUCCUGUCAAAGUUGCUGAAUUUGUGUAUGAGAUUUCUUUGGUUUAUGGCCCCGAAGAUAACGUGGCUGAAUACUAUCAGCAGCAGGUAGAAGUGCUUGAGGGUUUUAAUGAAAUGGAUGCCUUAACUGAUCGUGGUUUUGUUCCUGGAAUGUCAAAGGAAGAGCAGGAGAAGUUGGCCAAAAGUGAAACAUUUGCCAUUAGAAUUUCCAAUAUUGCAAACAUGGUUCUUUUUGCUGCUAAAGUUUAUGCAUCCAUCAGAAGUGGCUCAUUGGCCAUUAUUGCAUCCACAUUAGACUCUCUUCUUGAUCUUCUCUCAGGCUUCAUCCUGUGGUUUACUGCAUUCUCCAUGCAAACACCAAAUCCAUAUCAGUAUCCUAUUGGAAAGAAAAGAAUGCAGCCAUUGGGCAUCCUUGUUUUUGCUUCCGUCAUGGCAACUCUUGGACUGCAGAUAAUUUUGGAGUCAAUACAGAUGUUGAUAUCUGAUGAUAAUGAAUUCAACCUGACUAAAGAGCAAGAGAGAUGGGUUGUUGGUAUAAUGCUUUCAGUGACAGUGGUGAAAUUCCUCUUGAUGCUUUAUUGUCGCACGUUUACUAAUGAGAUUGUCAAGGCUUAUGCCCAGGAUCACUUUUUUGAUGUUAUCACCAAUCUCAUUGGCCUCAUCGCUGCAUUGCUUGCUAAUUACAUUGAUGAUUGGAUGGACCCUGUUGGAGCUAUCAUUCUCGCCUUGUACACCAUCCGCACAUGGUCAAUGACGGUGUUGGAAAAUGUGAACUCACUGGUUGGAAGAUCUGCUACACCAGAAUAUCUUCAGAAACUCACCUACCUGUGCUGGAACCACCACAGGGCCAUAAGACAUAUUGAUACAGUCCGUGCUUACACCUUCGGGUCUCACUACUUUGUGGAGGUUGACAUAGUACUUCCAGCAACGAUGCCCUUGCAGGAGGCCCAUGACAUUGGUGAAGCCCUGCAGGAGAAGCUUGAGCAGCUGCCUGAGAUCGAGCGUGCCUUUGUUCACCUAGAUUAUGAAUUCACUCACAAACCUGAACAUGGACAAUCACACUCUUAGGAAGCAUCAAACACCAUCCACCAACAAAUCCUACUCCACUUUGUCUUCCUCAACUCAAGCCAUGUAGAGAAAAUUUAGUUGAAAGUCAUAUUAAAUUUUUAUUUUUAUUUUUUGGGCAUAUUAAAUUGUUUAUGCAAAUGUCAUAUUCUAAGUGUAUAUUUGGUUUGAGAAAAAAUGGAAGAAAUAAGAGGAUGAAUUUGUA